GGUUACAGGUUGGUUUGAUAAUGAUAACCGUGAAAAUAAUGAGUUUUCUUCGAUAAACAAAACUUUUUCAAAUUGCUACAAAACAAUGACUAAUUAAAGUAUUUGAUCUCCAUAUAGUUAGUAUAGUUAGUACUGCGUUACUACUUACACUCAUAAUGGCUAAUGGACCGAUAGCUGAAAGAAACAGAGAUGCAACGAUAUAUGUUGGAGGUCUUGAUGACAAAGUCUCAGAUUCACUCCUCUGGGAGUUAUUUGUACAGGCUGGACCCUUAGUGAAUGUCCAUAUGCCGAAGGAUCGAGUGACAAUGAUGCAUCAAGGCUAUGGUUUUGUUGAAUUUAUGGGAGAGGAAGACGCUGAUUAUGCUAUCAAAAUAAUGAACAUGAUCAAGCUAUAUGGAAAGCCGAUUAGGGUGAAUAAAGCCUCAGCACAUCAGAAAAACUUAGAUGUCGGGGCUAACAUUUUCAUUGGAAAUUUAGAUCCAGAAGUGGAUGAAAAGCUGCUUUAUGAUACAUUUUCAGCAUUUGGUGUUAUUCUACAAACUCCAAAAAUAAUGAGAGAUCCAGAUACUGGAAAUUCCAAAGGUUUUGCCUUCAUUAAUUUUGCAAGCUUCGAGGCUUCUGAUGCUUCAAUCGAGGCAAUGAAUGGUCAAUACCUAUGUAAUAGAGCAAUUUCAGUGUCUUAUGCUUUCAAGAAGGACUCUAAAGGAGAGCGUCACGGUUCAGCUGCUGAAAGAUUACUAGCUGCUCAAAAUCCCUUAUCUCAAGCUGACAGGCCCCAUCAACUGUUUGCUGACGCUCCUCCUAUGGGUAUGAUGCCACCUGGUAUGGCAAUGGCACCACCACCUCCGCCUGUUCUUAUGGCUGGUAUGAUGCCUCCACCUCUAAUGACACCUGGAAACAUAGCACCACCACCGCCACCACCAGUACCACCACCAGCAGGUUUUCCUUCCGGUAUUCCACCUCCUCCUUUGCCUCCUUCCCAACCACCUCUUCCACCAGGUGCACCACCACCACCUCCUUCCACACCUUCAUCUACACCAAAUGCAAGGCCUCCCCCACCACCAAUGCCCCCUGGAGGAGCUCCCCCAAGGGUGAUGCCACCCAUGUGGCCUGGUGUACCAGCUCCACCUCCAGCUCCUCCUACCAGCAGUGCACCGCCAUUUAUUGGUGGUUUUCCACCACCACCCCCACCAGGAGGUAGACCACCCCCACCAAAUUGGAGACCUCCACCCCCUAACUUCAUGGGAAUGCCUGGAAGACCACCAUUUCCACCACCUCCCAGUUCAGAAGACAACACUUGGGGAUAAACAUCUUCUGAGUGAAAAGGAUUGAAAUAUCAUUAAGUAGAACAUUUUUUGACACAAAACAAGAAGUCACCAACUUUGGAUCGAACUUCGCCAGCUGUAAAUUGUAUUUUCUCAUUCUUUUCCUGAAUGCCAAAUAAAUCAAUGUUAAAAAUU